AUGUUUUCAGCCUUCUCCAGACUUUCAGACUGUAAUAUAACAGAGAAAGGAUACACUGAUCUGGCUGAAGCUCUGAAGUCACAGCGCUCAUCACACCUGAGAGAGCUGGAUCUCAGAGGGAACGACCCUGGAGCAUCAGGAAUGAAGGAGUUCAGGAAUUUGCUGAAUGAUAGAAAAUGUACACUGAGGUUGUUGAAAAGUCCCAAUGCACAGAAAGCUUAUGAUCAUGUGACUAAAGUUGUGGGUAUAAAGCCAAUCCUGCAGACGGACCUGAAUCUGAGUGGGAAAAUCGCAGGAGAUUCAGGAGCAGAGCAACUCUCUGCUUUACUGAAGGAUCCACACUGCAGAGCUGAAAAACUUCAACUCCGUGAGUGUAAUCUGACAGAGAAAGGAUGUUCAGCUCUGCUCACAGCUCUCAGAUCAGAAUCCUCCACCCUGAGGGAGCUGAAUCUGAGUCAGAACAGGAUUCAGGAGUGAAGCUGCUCUUUGCAGAACUGAAGAAUCCACACUGUAAACUGGA